GAAUAGACAUAGCUACGAAAGCAAACUCGAGCUCAUGGAAUUUAUUACAGUACGAGUUUAGAGAAACUGCUUCCUCAAACAUGGCGUUUUCUCUGUAAUGCCAGGCGUCAGUGGUCCGCCGGAGGCAGAAGAGCAAGAAGAAGAAGAAGAAGAAGAAGAACAUCAAGCGCCAACGCGGCCUGCACUACAAAUUUGUCUUCUUCCUUCAAUCUUCCGAUCUGCCAGUUUGUUUUUUGCACAGUUGCAUCGUCUCCUUCUGAUUUCUUUCUUUAAUUCUGCUCUUCUUCGCUUCUGAAUUUCUAAUCAUGACUCCCAAGUGGGGCUUCCCGCCGUCGGUGGCGCCGCGCCCUGCGAGAAUGCCGAUGGCCGCGAAAUGUGAAGGUGUUGGACUCGGAGGCGUUUUCUCCGAUGGAAACUGUGGUGGAUUCCCCUCGUUUCUUCCCAAGGAGGUCGCCAAAAUCAAAGACCCGUUUGCCAGAACCAUGGCUCGGAAAAUCCAGCGGCUACCGAUCACAUUAUCUGAAACUCGCAUUCUGAGCAGCUGUGUUGAACCGUUAAUGAGAAGUGAGAAGCAUCCAGUGGUUCUGCUUCAUUGCUUUGACAGUUCUUGUUUGGAAUGGAGUUACACAUUUCCUCUGCUUGAAGAGGCUGGACUCGAAACCUGGGCUGUUGAUGUUCUUGGAUGGGGCUUUUCUGACUUGGAUAGUCUUCCACCGUGUAAUGUGCAAACGAAGUGUGCUCAUCUAUACCAGUUUUGGAAGUCGUACAUCAAGAGGUCAAUGGUAUUAGUUGGACCAAGCCUUGGUGCCGCCGUUGUACUUGACUUUGCAGCUAAUCACCCAGAAGCUGUGGAAAAGCUGGUUUUGAUCAAUGCUUGUGUGUAUAGUAAGUGCACUGGGCACCCUACAAAGCUGCCGAAGAUGGUAGCAUAUGCUGGGGUUUCUUUGUUGAAAACCAUCCCAUUGCGCCUCUUCGCAAAUACGUUAGCUUUCAAUGACCUUUCGCUUGCUCGAAGUCUAGAAUGGACUAAUGUUGGCCGUUUGCACUGUCUAUUGCCUUGGUGGGAAGAUGCAACUGUUAAUUUUAUGAACAGUGGAGGAUAUAAUGUCACUUCCCAAAUUAAACAGGUCAAGCAAAGAGCGCUUAUCAUUGCAGGCGAAGAUGACAGAAUUAUUCCCUAUAAAGAUGCUGUGAGGCUACACUGUGAACUGCCAAAUGCAAUAAUGCGAACAAUAACAGAUAGUGGUCAUCUGCCUCAUGUGGACAGUCCUGCAUCUGUUUCUAAGCUUAUUACAGAUUUUGUCUUACGUGAUUCCUGCUAGCCCCACUUCUUUAUAAUAUAUAUAUAUAUAUAUAUAUAUAAAUACAUAUUACACGUUUUGUUUUGUUUUGUUUU